AUGUAUUCUGAAUGGAUCGAUCAGAAAUUAGAUAAAAAAUCUCUAGUAGGUGAAUAGUCGACAAUUUUUAUUGUGACUGUCUUUGGCAUCGCUUGUUCCACUGCCUCUGUUGAACGUUAUCGUACAAAAAAUACGAAACGUUUUAGAAAAUUACAAUCUGAUAUACAAACAAUUGCAGAUGAAGAACUUGUGACUAUUAAUCAAAUAGCCUAUGCCAAAUGGAUCAUAGAAAAGAUUGGCGAUAGAGUGUCACGUAAAAGAUUAAAAUUUACUAUAGAACUUCGUCUUCAACAGCGGAGAGUGGCACCAGCAAUAGCACCUUCUGUACGUGAACCAAUUGAUUGGAGAUCAAUUCGAUUGGAUCCACCUGCUGAGACUUCAGCUACUACUAUUCUCGUGCCAGAUCUCGAACAAGUCACAACAUCAUUAGAUAAUGAACAAUACUCUCAAUAUGCAAUUGUCCCAGCCACUCCUCCGCCACCAUCCUAUUAUAAAGUCAUUGACUCAUUUUCACAAGGAAUCUUUAGCGAUUGUCCAAAAUGUAGUAAUCAAAAAAGUGUAUUUAAUGCAAAAUAUUGUAUACAAUGUGGAUAUUGUUAA